GAACGUAACACUAUUUUUUUGUCCGAGCCAAAUAUCCCUAUAAAAAAAACGUACUAUGUCAGAUAUUGAAGAUAUACCUGCCUCCACUUCCUCCACAAGCGCUACUGGAAAUGAGACGCUCACAUUGACGGAUGAAAUAAAAAAAUAUGACACAGAAGCUCUUAUCUCAUCCUUCCACCUGGCUUCGGAGAAAAUAAUUAUUAAGAGUAUCCGGGUGGAUCCGUUAGGAUAUCCGGAUAAUCUUCAAUCCGUCACUACGGAUAUCCGGAUUGUAUUUUUAUUAGACGGAUCGGAUUGUCGGACUGUGGAAAUUGACGAUGAAGACGAGGAACAAGGCUGUGCGUUGCGAGUAUAUUUCCCCAAUAUUAUACGCAUCCAUCUACAUCGCCAAAAGAAAGGAAUUACCAUGGACCCCCAGUUCGAAGUUUUAGGCGAAGAAGCAUCAGGCCGAGUCGAUUACGCAAUCAAGAAAAUAAUAGACGCCGUUAAUGAGGAGUUGAUAGCCAUAACCGAGGGAAAACAAAAGGAUUGGUAG